GUGAUUUAGCGCAUUGAUACAUUGCGACGAUGGAGACGGAUUGGAGGGCAAUCGGGACACAAUGUAGCUAACCAACGGGUCAACUAUUAGAGAGAGCACGGUUGGCAUCCCAUUAUUUCUUUCCAUAUAUUAUUUCGGCCUUUUGAUUCUUGAAGGAUGUCGGUAGCCGGGUUGAAGAAGCAAUUUCACAAAGCAAGUCAGCUAUUGAGUGAGAAGAUAAUUGGUGCUGAGGGAACAAAGCUGGAUGAAGAAUUUCAAAAAAUGGAAAGGAGAAUUGAUGUGACCCACAAAAUGGUUCUUGAACUUGUGCCCAAAACCACAGAGUACCUCCAGCCAAACCCAGCAUAUAGAGCCAAACUGGGCAUGCUCAACACAGUGUCCAGGAUCCGUGGGCAGGUGAAGGCUGUGGGGUACCCCCAGACUGAGGGAAUGCUGGGAGACUGCAUGUUGCACUACGGCAGAGAACUGGGAGUCGGCUCUGCCUUUGGAUGUGCACUGGCGGACAUUGGUGAAGCCUUGAAACAGAUGGCCAUAGCCAGAGAUUCCCUGGACAUCAGUGUGAAGAACAACUUCAUCGACCCACUGCAGGCACUCCAGGACAGAGAGUUGAGGGAAAUAGGGUACCACCUAAGAAAACUUGAAGGUCGUCGGCUAGACUUUGACUACAAGAAACGACGCAAAGGAAAGAUACCUGACGAGGAGAUCAUGCAGGCGUGGGAGAAGUUUUCGGACUCCAAAGAGCUGGCAGAGAGAAGCAUGUUCGACCUCUUAGAAAGUGAUGCAGAGCAUGUGACUCACCUAUCAUCUUUGAUUGGGGCCGCUCUGGACUAUCACCGCCAGUCUUGCCAAAUCCUGGACAGCCUCAAUCGAAGUCUGCAGGGCAGGCUAGCCAUUGCAAGCAACCGACCAAAGAGGGAGCCCAGGCCCAAAUCUAUUAAAGUUAACACAAUCAACACACAACAAAAUGGAUCUUCCCACAGAUCAUCAGUGAAAUCAGUUAUAUCUUCAGAUGAUUGUGAGGUUUUCCUAGACCAGCCUUGCUGCCGUGCGCUCUACUGCUUUGUGGCUGAGAAUGAAGGAGAGCUGGGCUUCAAGGAGGGCGACCUCAUCAUCCUCACCAACCAGAUUGAUGACAACUGGUAUGAGGGCAUGAUCAGCGGGGAGUCUGGCUUUUUUCCUAUCAGCUACGUCAAUGUCCUUGUGCCUUUGCCACAGUGAUACCAGGGUAGCACCACAAGCUAUGGGGGCCGGCUAUGAAGUCCUCACCUCAGAGCACUCUCUGGAAAUCUUAUUUUGCAAAGAAUGUCACUCCACUUUCUGAUGUGUUUAUUGACUGAAUUUGUAUUUUUGAGCUUUACUGUUAGAAGCAUUUCAGGACGGCCUCAUUUGGUGGUACCGUCACUUCUUCCUGGAUCUGUGAAUUCUUAAUUUCACCUUAUUUUCUCAGAGGCCAUAGAGCUAUUGACAUGCAAUGUCUUUGCGUACUCCACAGGUUUCAAGGCUACACCAUUUCAGACAGUCUUAUGCAAUAUUUUCUCUCUCCCUUGAAAGCCCAUCUUAGUUACAUUUGUCUCCAUUGUGUGCUGUUGUUACUUUCAGCAUAAUAAUGGGUCAAUUAGUAGUGUGACACUUUUUAAUUCAGCACAUUUUUGUGAUGUCAUGGAACACUUCAGCUGCUUUAUUAAGAUUUGUUUUAAUCUUGGGACUGUUAUUACCACGUUCAGGGUCAAUAUUCAUGUCUUCAUUUAGCUCUCGAGAACCUAAGGGGGGUAUACCCAGUUUACAGCUGGAACCUGUUUUGGGUUCUCAGAGGAUUUUACGGACUGCAGCUGGCUCCAUGUGAACUACAAUCCCAAUGCUCUUGUUUAUUCCUGACGCUCUGUCGAAAUGCAAAUACACCACACUUGCGAUACGGUUUUGGAUAUCUUUGGAACUUUUAUAUAAGCGAAAAAUAAUAUUUCAAAUACAAAAGAUACACUUACUGUGCGCAGUUUAGGAAAGUUGCACCUAGUUUUCACACACCAUUGUGACAUCCUCUCACCUUGCACUCACAUUUCCAUUGAACCAUUCCAUAUUUCCAGUGUUUAAAAAUAAAGCCGGGUGCAAAUUUACUAAAAUUUGUACGGUAAGUUUCUUAAAAAAUUACAACCUUUCAUAGAAGCAAUGUUCCAAAUGUUUAUGAAACUGUAUCGUGUGAGGCACAUGUUUAGACUGAGCGUUGGGAAUUCCCCUCAGGCAACAGGCGGCUUUGGGAGUAGACCGUAUAAUUAAGCAAUAUGGCAUGGGGGUGUGUGUUACAUGGCCAAUAUACCACGGCUAAGGGCUAUUCUUAGGGACGACGCAACGUGGUGUGCCUGGAUACAGCCCUUAGCCUUGGUAUAUUGGCCAUAUACCACAGAACCCUGAGGUGCCUUUAUUGCGACUAAACUGCUUACCAACAUAAUUAGAGCAGUAUAAUUGUUUGGGGGGGGGGGGUCAUACCUGUGGUAUACGGUCUUAAAUACUACAGCUGUCAGCCAAUCUCCAUUCAGGGCUCGAACCAUCCAGUUUAGAAUGUUUAAUAUUACUGUCUAUUGAAUGGACUAGCCUUCGUUGUGGAAGUGUGGAAAGAUCAGGGUUAAGACUUGUCUGCAUAUCAAUUUGAACACGAGAAGGGGAAAUAUCUCUUAUCAAACACCAUUUGUGAUAUUUAUAGCUGUUUAAUGUUACACUACACUUUAAAGGUGUUUUAGAUGCGCGUGUGCUUUAUCCACUUAAAUAUGAUCCCUUUAAUAGUUUUUCCACCUUCCACAAACAGUAGAAACACUUGUUGCCUUUAAGCACUUUUUAAAAAUGUGUUGCUGUAGCCUUGUCAAUUAUUGUAUUUGCACACUUAAUUUCUCUUUAUUAGUAAGGAAAUACACACACACAAGGUAUUAAUCACCUCUCAUAUCCUACGGUAGUGUCUUGGAAUAAUAUGUUGAACUAGAAAAUAUUUAGCUGUAAGCCAUAUUGUCAGAGAUUGUGUCAAUCACUAUGAAUGAGUAUAGAAUGCUGUAAUAUCAAAGUAGUGUACAUUUCUUUCCUAUUUAUUGUCAAAUGCUUGCUGUUUCACAAAUUGAAUUUAUAGUUAAAUUACAAUAUGUUGAAGAAAUUACGCUAAGGAACAAUCAAAUCAGUUAUAUGAUCAUUGGAUGUAUUAUCUACUGUAAGUUAAAAAAUAUAAAUGCAACGUGCAACAUUU